AUGGAGAACAUCGUCCGGGUACGCCAGCGGAUUCUGAAGGUCUCUAAAUACUUGUGUCCUCCGAUGAGAGUCCCUCACAAUCUGCGCACCAAUGUCAUACGGUUCGUCCAGGAAACUCAACGUUUGUUUGCUGAGCCUGUGCCAGGUAUCCAGGCAGAGCCAGACGAAAGCAACGCUCGCUAUUUUCACGUGGUCAUUUCUGGACCCCAGGACUCACCUUUUGAGGGGGGUACAUUUAAACUAGAACUCUUUUUACCGGAGGAAUACCCGAUGGCAGCACCAAAAGUCCGCUUCAUGACUAAAAUAUAUCAUCCUAAUGUAGACAAGCUGGGAAGAAUAUGUCUAGACAUUCUCAAAGAUAAAUGGUCACCAGCUCUGCAAAUUCGCACAGUGUUGCUGUCAAUCCAGGCCUUACUUAGUGCGCCAAACCCUGAUGAUCCCUUAGCAAAUGAUGUUGCCGAGAAGUGGAAGACCAAUGAAGCUGACGCUAUAGAGACUGCCAAGCAAUGGACCAGACUUUAUGCAGGAAAGCAAUGA